UUGGCGAUCCCCUCCAGCCGUAGCAUCAUACCCGCCGCCCUCUGGCCUCUCUUUUGCGCCUCAUACCGACUCGACGUCGACCUCUGUACUCUCCUCUAUGGCAGGGCCAACCUCACCGGGCGCUGAAGGCCCCACGUAUGCCCCGCCCCAUCUUCCUGCUGGUUGGAUUGCCCAGUGGGAUGGUGCGAGCAAGAAGUACUACUUCGUGCAGCUUUCCACGGGUGUCUCGCAAUGGGAAACCCCUACUGAUGCCGCGCCCACCGGCGCGACACCUGCUCAACCUUCCGAGCACCCCUAUGGUGUUCCUCAACCCGAGGUCAUCACCCAUCCUGACGGCAGCCAGACGGUGAAGCACGCCGAUGGCACCCUCGAACCCGUCAACCCCUCCAUGCCUCCCGACACCACCAGUACGAGGGGCAUCGACGGCCAGACAGGCGAUCGCGGACUCGGCAGCAUGGCCAUGAAUGCGCUUCUUGGCAGCGGCAAGAACUCGAAUCACGGCUCCUCUUCCGGCAACCAGAGCAGCUCAAGCCCCUUCGGUGGCAUUGCCAGUCAAUUGAUGAACGGUAUCGGUGGGCACGGUAACAGUCACGGGAGUAGCAGCGGGGGCGGCAAGAGUUCACUGGGCAAGAUUGGUAGCUCUCUAGCUUCGAGCCUGCUCUCGAGCGGAAAGCAGUCUCAGCAGGGCCAGUCGCAAAAUUACCAUGGCGGCCAGUCCUCGGGUCAUCAACAACAAGGUGGUCUGGCUGGAUCUCUGAUGGGUGGUGUUGCCACCAUGUUUGGCGGAAACAAACAGAGUCACGGCGGAAACAAUGAUUUCGGAUACUCCAACAAUGCCUCUGGAGGCGGCGGAGGCGGAGGCUACACCGGCCAGGCUCCUCCCACUUCUUACCAGCCACCUGGUUCGUCUUCGCAUAACCAGCAUUCAUCUACUCCAGUGGGAGGUUCAUACCACUCUCCCGCGCCGAACCAGGGCCAGAACCAUUCGCAGCAAUCAUAUGCUCCACCUCCUAAUCAGUACCCCCCUCCGCCAAACCAAGGCCAACCUCAUCACAACAACUCCUACGGCGCGCCGUCUCAACAAUCCCACGCCCAGUCCUACCCACCUCCCCCCUCCAGUGGUGCCCCUUCGUAUGGUCACAGCAACAACAAUACGGAGGAUAUAACCCUGCCACCUAUAGCAACGGUCCACAGGGUCCUCAGACUGGAGGGGGCUAUCCCAGCCAACCUUCGUACGGCGGCCAGCCUUCUCAACAACCCAGCUAUGGCAACCAUUACUAGAUGUCUAUGAAAAGGCAUAUAUUCAAAGAGUGCUCCCGUAGCUGA